AUGAUACAGCCAUUUAUAUUUGCUAAUUUAAUAAUCAAUAAUAUUAGUGAUAAUAAUAAAUUACAAAAAAUCAAUAAUCACUCUAUAAUUAUUAAUUAUAAUAGAACAAAUAGAAUAUUUAAUAAUGAUAACAAUAAAUCUAUACAGAAUUUAUUACAUUCAACAGAUUUAUCUUGGGAUGAUUCUAGCCAAAAACAAUAUUAUUUCGAUAAAAUUUUAGAUGAAGAUGUUGAAGAGAAACUGAACCAUUUUUCGAACAAUGAAAUAGAACAUUACAAUGAUAGUUUAGAAACUAAUUUUCCAGUAAAUGAACCAUCUAGUGAAUUAUAUUCACCUGUUAAUACAAUCUUAUCUAAUCUAAGUAAACAACAAGUUGACAUAAAUCUGGAUUCUAAUACAAAUUUACGAUUUGUUAAAUACUUUGUUGGAGAAACCAUUCGAAUGCGUUGUAUCAUACCCGAAGGAUCUCAUGUGAUAAUGUGGAAUAAAAUUGGUGAAGAAUAUCCACUUACAAUAGGUAAUCAUCGAUUUAUUCCUGAUAAACGAAUUAGUAUUAAACAAAAAUCAUCAAAUAAAUGGAUAUUACGAAUAAUUAAAGCUAAAUUAACUGAUAGUGGCUUAUAUACUUGUACUAUAAAAUCUAUACAUAAAGAAGAUAAUAUAAAGGAUCAUUCUAAUGUACAAAACAAUAUUGAUCAAACAAUAAAUCAAACGAAUAUGAAUAUAACAUUGGCUGUUAAACAAAUGAAUAAUCCUGAUUAUUAUAUAUCUGUAGUGGAACCACGAUCAAAAGAAGAGAAACAAGCAAAUAUUACUGUUGUAUCUGAUAAUUUUAUUUUUAAAAACAGAACACUUACUGUCACUGGACCACGUGUAGUUUACUAUGGCAGUCCGUUGGAAUUAAAAUGUUAUGCAAAGUUUUCUACUGAUGUUCGGGCAUCCGGUUACGAAAUACUUUUAGAAUGGUAUCAUCAUGGUGUUCGAAAGUCCUCGGAUCCAUUUAAAUCUGGUGGUGUGUACAUAGAACAAAAAUGGUUAGAUCCGAAAACACUUGAGAGUCGUUUAUUUAUAAAGUGGGCAAGUGAAUCGGAUACUGGACAAUGGAUAUGUUUAGAACGGUACAAACCAAGUGAAAAUAACACUAAACAUGAUUUUUCACAUACGAUUCAUUUGAAUCCAAUACAUAAAAGCAUAUUAUCAACGGAUAGAAUUCAAAAUAAUCGUUUACCGAUUUCAUCUAUUUCAAAGAAUCGGCCUUUGUCUUCAACAUCUCCGUUAGUACCCAAUUCAAGAAUAAUGUUUGGAAGAAUAGAAGUAGAAAUUAUUGAUAUAUCAAAAGCUUCAAUACAUUUAAAUGGACCAAGAUCAAAAGAUAUAAAAUAUUUAUAUAGUAAUACUGGUUCCAAUUCUAAAUUACAUCAGUCCAUAAUCAAUAAUAUUACUUAUUUAUACAAUAUUAAAUGGUUGUUUGUAAACAUGUGUUUAUCAAUGAUAAUUUUAAAAUAUUUUUUAUAA